GGAUCUUUGCUGGAGCUUCAGCGAUUUGGAUCUUUGCUCGAGCAACUUUGACAGAUCUUUCGUUGGAAAUCUUUCGAAGUCGCAAGUGUUCGUCGUGACUGAACCAAAUCCUUCAACAUGCGAGACCUCGUCUUCCUUUUGGCACUCGAAAAUUUAAGUUGCCCAGCCAACGUAGCUGGUACCUACAGCACAACAUCCACCAUGCUGUCCGUUGCUGCCCAUACGGUACGCUGGAGAUGCAUAAGGAAUACGGUAGCUUAUAUGCAUAGAGCUGUUGCAUCGAUAAAUAAAUAAAUCUUUAUAACGGGCAAGCACUCCUACACUGGCAAUCCCCCCAGGCCAAAGUGAGGGUUGAUCUCACAGAGAGGCAGCCAAGGGCACCCUCACGGGCAUCACACUCCCAAAGGAGAUGAUGCAUUUAUGUAUCAUUACAGUAUUUUGCAUUGGCAGACUCACAGAAUCGUGCCGAACAUUGAAGGCUGAAUGAGUUGGGCAAAUGGCAUGGGAGAGUUAAACGCAGAGAGCCUGGCUAGAAACACCGUGGCCUUCCCGCCAAUUGAGCUUAUAACGCAAGUUUGUCAAUGCGAGGCGAUUUGUUUGUAUGUGGAGGGAUUGCAUCUACAUGAACCACUAGCUUCACACUGAUUCGAAUUUAUUUGCUUAUUCGUGUGUACUCUAGAGUUUCAGUUUGUUGACCCGCCAAAGUGCACAUGUUUCUUCUUGGAUUUCCUAUUCCUGCCUUUCUUGGCAUGCCCAGCUACUACUAGCAGUUGACUGUCACUCGCAUCUGUCAAAAGUUCCUUUGCCACACAGCUCCUUCUCUGUCUUGCUCCGUACCGUACAGGAUGCCAUGCCAAUUGUCGAAGUUCUAUCAGGUCCAACACCAUGUGUCUCAUCCGAAAGCUCAAUAGGGGCGGACCGGUUCUUAUUGUUGUUGUGCUUUUGGUGCUGACGCCGGUCCCUGUCGUCACCAGCAAACCUUUGAGAAAGUCCCAGCAUCGUUCGAGAUCGUCCGAAAUUUCCAUGUCAGAUGAUGUAGAUAUAUCAGAGACUGUCAAGAUUUCAUCUUCCAACGCCUUUCCUGCUGUGUCUAGCAAUACACAGAGACCUUCCAGUGCUAGUUCAUCGAGACCAGUACUACUAAAAGCCGGCAUGUUCCUCGUGUAAUAGUCGUCGCAUUCACUGGCAGGGACACCGCUAUCAAUCCGUAGGGUCUGACCCAUCAAAUCGAGAAGAAAGGUUGUCACUUGCUUGGGUGUCAGAACACGGUGGUUGAACAGUUCCCCAAUAAACUGUUUGCUACCCACAUAGCGUUUCUUGGCCAUCGUGGCAACUUGGGGUGUUUGAUGACUGUCUAGCACAGACUGCGUGUUCGUUUGGACUUGUUCCUGGCAUAUUUGAGCCAGCAUGUCCUGAAAUUGUGGAUUAUCGCCGCCAAUAAGACUCUUACAAAGCCGUGCAUGAACCGCGCAAUAGCGAGGGUCCAAUGCCGCCCGUGUAAUGAUCGUCUCAAUGGCAUCCCGCAUCAACAACCACGGCUCCGUCUGGAAGAACAUGGCCGUUUCGGACACAAAAAUGGCCACCAAUUUGUCAAAGUUGGAUGGUGUGAGUUUGUUGAGAAGCCACCGAAGCAGUUGUGCAUCCCGGGCACGGAGUCCCUCGUCGUUGUUGUUGCUGUUGAAGAUGCUGGUAGGUUUCCACACAGCACAUGGUUUGCGGGAAGAUAUCGAUGCGUCCCCGCUCUCAACAUUGGAAGAAAUCUCAGGCGGAUUGCUCUUUUGGGGUUGGGAUGGAGUAGAUGGGCGCCGCCUUCCUUGUCGUCUUUGGCGACGCGGAUGGUUUUUCUUGGUCGACUUGGACGAUGGAUGUUCCUCCUUCCCCUUGGCCCCACUGUCGGCGGCAGCAGCUGGAUUCGAGAGCUUUGAUGACAUUAUUUUGCGCAGAAGAAGAAGAAGCACUACCAGAUAAAUAGCUCGUUGCUUUAUAGCUAGUGGCCAGCUAGAUGAGUAGAAGUCCAACAAUAAAUCAAACAAUGUAUUAUUAUGGAGUGGUACCGUAGAAAGGAAGAUACUUUUGUCAUCGUAGCUUGCUCUUCGUCCCUUGCUUGUCUCUUGCGGAGCUAGUGGGAAACGGGACCCUAAUUCGUGAUUGACUUUGACACCCACUGUACAUACCGUAAUAAUAUUAUAUCCACCUUCCUCAACUCAAUCACUCGAUCACGGUGACUAGACUAUGCCAUACCGUAUCUUACGGAAGCCAGCGAGGGCCAGGUUUUCCUCAUGCAACUCUGCUCUGACUCAAUGCAGGUGCCGUCUCGCAAGCUUAAUACAAGAACAAAGGUUGCUGAUCGAAUAAAACACUGCAGCUACGGAUGGCUAGCUUGCACAACCACAGGUCAGAGAACGCCAGGACUCCAAACACUCUUUUUUUUAAAAACAAAACACCCAAGCCAGAGAAACUCACACCUCGAUCCCAAUCUGGAGGACAUCAACUCGAACGCCGCGCAAUGGUAUAGAGUCUAUGUGUAGUAAAGAUGGAUACGUUGAGAGCUGAUGAUGGCAGUUCGGUCAGCAGCCAAAGCCUGAGGACUUCCCUUGCAAGGAGCUCCUCUGUACACAAGAACGAGUUCGUUUUGUUGCCUACCAACGAUAAUGCAGCCAAAACCAGAAGGGCAACACGGGACAUGACUAUUAACAAACUCAGGUUUCACACCCUCGGUUUGAUUGGUAGAUCCGAAGAGGUAGCACUGCUCAAGCAAGGUGUUGAGAGAGCCACCGAAAAGCAAAGCAGAGAACUCAUUCUCAUUUCGGGGGAGUCCGGCACUGGCAAAACUGCCUUGGCUACCAGUGUUGGUGAAGAAAAAAAUGACAGAUGCAUUUUUCUAUCUUCCAAAUUUGACUUGAUGCUCCGAGAGAAGGAGCCUUAUGCUGGGAUUGUGGGAGCAUGUCAAGAUCUUUGUAGGAAAUUGCUCUUGCUGAAGGAAAGCAACCAAGACAGGUUUGAUACUAUCCACCAAGGACUGCAAGAAGCUCUCGGAUCCGAUCUAUCUUUGCUAGUCAGUAUCAUCACCGAACUGGACGAAAUCUUUGAUAUGCCCCCUCAGCUUUAUCAGAUGUCAAACCAGUCUAUGCAGGAACAGAUGAACCGGACAGUCUAUGCUUUCCGUCGAUUCUUUCAGAAAUUAUGUACCCUAUUCCCAUCUGCUGUUGUCAUCACACUGGAUGAUUGCCAGUGGGCAGACUUUGCCUCCUUGUAUUUGCUGGAAGUCCUGCUAACAGAUGACAGCAUUGGGGGCCUUGUGAUAAUUGGUUGCUACCGUUCCGAUGAGGUGUUUGACGCUCACAUUCUGAGCCAAAUGGUCCGAAAUCUUCAGUUGGGGAACACUGAUGCCUUCUGCAUUACAAAAAUUUGUGUUGGGAAUCUCCUUGUUCACCAGGUGCAAGAGCUCUUAAUGGAGUUACUUGCAGAGUGUAACACAGAAAAUGUGGAGAAAUUGGCCCAGGUUUGCCACAGGAAAACUCUAGGCAAUGCUUUCUUCCUUCAACAGUUCCUCGGACAUCUGGAGGAGGUAGAACUGUUGAAAUUCAAUUUUGGUCUCAUGAAGUGGACUUGGAAUGCAGAGGACAUAGCAACCCAAACAAUGGCAACAAACAAUGUGCUUGACUUGUUGAGGUUCAAGAUGGCAGCGAAUAGCCUUGAUGUGAACAACCUACUUGCUUUAGUAGCUUGCAUGGGUUCCGUGGUUCCAGAAUCAGUUUUGUGUAUUGUUUGGUCCAUCUACUUUCAUGGUGAACAUACAAUAGAAAGCCAUGAGAACAUGCAAGGGAAACUUAACCCACUCUUGCUGUCAGCCAUUGAAGAGGGCUUUCUGGAGCACCACCCUUCUUUGUCUACAUAUCAGUUUGUGCAUGAUAAGAUGCACGAGUGCUGUCUUGCCACUGUCAAUCCGCUGAGGUUACCUGGAAUGAAGACCAGAAUUGGCCACAUUGUUCUGAACGAGCUUCACAAAGGAUCUUUCGCAGAACGCUUCUUGUUUGUGGCAGCGAGUCUCUUGAAUGAAGGAUUGCCCCCUGAUGAAACAAGUGAAAGAGUGGCACUAGCCAACCUCAAUCUACAGGCUGCCCAAAAUGCCGCUGAUGCUUCCUCCUUCUCCAGUGCAUCAAAGUAUGUGGAACAUGGCGUCAACCUUUUGCCACCAGCCUUAAAGUGGACUGAUGGCUACUACGAUUUGACACUGCAUCUGUACUCCCUGGGAGCAGAAGUGGAGUAUGCUCUGUCCAAUGUGGAAGCAAUGCAGAUCUACUGCGAUGAGGUGCUGAAACAAGCAGACCGCCCAUUGAUCGAUAAAUUUCGAGUAUACAAUGUUGUGCAGGAUAGCUUGUUGAAUCAAGAGAAGCAUGACGAGAGUGUCAAGCUUGGAUUUGAAGUGCUAAGAAAGCUGGGCUAUGAAUUUCCGAGGCGGUGGAUCUCCAUACAAACAUCUAUCAUAGCUCAAGUUGGAAAAUCGCUGAUGAGCUUAAGCAAACGAACUGUAAACGAGAUUGAGACUCUUCCAAUUUUGACUGACCCAUUGAAACUCCAAGAAAUGCACAUACUAGACAAGACAACAAGGUGCUGCUACAUUGCCAAUGAUGACCGGCUGAUCUUGGCAGUUUUGAGGAAUUUCGAUAACUCACUCAAGCAUGGCUUGUGUGAGUAUAGUCCCCCAGUUUGGGCUUCAUUUGGAGUGUUGCUUGUUUCACUGGGGGAGUUUAGCAGUGCUGCAAGAAUUGCUGAUUGCUGCAGGGCAAUAGUGGAUAAAAUUGAGUCUCGAAGAACCACAGCAAAAACCAUGCAUGUUUUAAACUUUUUGGUGUUACCUUGGUUUCAUCCCUACCAAGGCUUACAAAAGCAGCUGUUCGAGGGCUACAAUACUGGACUUCUUGUUGGUGAUGUUGAGAGUGCAUGUUGGUGUAUUGCCCAGUACCUUGCUAUUGGAUUCCUGCAGGGGAAGAACCUCUUGUCCUUGGAUGCUGAUGCGAAGAUAUAUAUCAAGCAACAGCAAGAGUUUGGGCAAAUUCAUGUCUUCAAGUACAUCGCACUACUCCAUGCAGUGAUACAAGAAUUGAGCGGGCAAUCUGAUUCCGAUAUGGGCAGAGACGCAAAAACGUUCUACCUGUAUGAUCAACUCAACACUGUGCUGCAACAUCAGAGUCUUGAAAUGCACCAAAGUCGCCUGUGUGCAAUUAUGGGUUAUCAUGCAGAAGGAGCACAACUGUCGAUUGAACGAGGAGAUAAAUUUGCCAAAAAUGCUUUGGGGUUCUCUUGGCACAUGGGUGAUGCCUUCUACAGGGGCGUCACUUUGUUUGCCAUGGCUCACAAAACCAGGAAGCGAAAGUAUGGUUCCCUUGCAAGAAAACAGUGGUCCCUCAUCAAAACCUGGGCCAAGAAGGGAAAUCCCAACGUCAGCCAUUAUGACUGCCUUUUAAAUGCUGAAAAUGAGGUUUUUGCUGGUCGUUAUGGCAAGGGAGAAUCCCUUUUUCAAAAAGGGAUUGCCAUGGCAUCUCGUGCUGGCUUCAUAAUGGAUGCUGCUCUGGGAAGUGAGCGAUGUGCUGACUUUCUUCUUUCUAAGAUGAAGGAUCAGGAGGGGGCUUCUUACCGCAUGCAGGAGGCAGUUAGGUACUACAAGGAAUGGGGAGCACAGCGGAAGGUAGAACAAAUGGAGAAUAAUCACGGUGAAUCUCGUCCAGGACCACCUGAUGGUGUUUAUAUUCCAACCAGUGAUGACUCCAACUGACAACAUGAAUCUGUCUGGCCAGUCUUUUUCAUAUAGGGAUGUCAUGUCAGCUUUUAAAACACAUAACUUGAUAAAAGAAAGCCUCAGGUUGCUUGGUGGGAGAAAUCCAGUACAAGCUCCUAUACUUGCUCCUCAGCACAAGAGGGCCUACCGGUACCUUAGCUAGCCGAUUGGAAUAGUUUUAAAAGACAUUUCAGAGUCUUUUAGUAGAUAGGCACAAACAAUUUGCAAAGUCAAACCCUUUGGCCCCCCUAAUGGUCCUCAAUUUCUCACCCCUGAUCCCACAGAACCUCUAGCUAGUCUAGUCCUGAAUUUCGACUGUUCUUUGCUUAAGCCUGGCCCCGGCUGGCUUCCGUAGAUAAUUUCCUUACUCUAAACCCCCCUUUCUCUA